AUGAGCGUCGAAGCGUACCGAGUGGUGGUGGUCGGCGCCGGGAUGGCGGGCGUAGCGACUGCCAACGCGCUGUUAGCAUCGGGUCACUUCAGUGCUGAGGACGUGUGCGUGCUGGAGGCUCGGGAUCGAAUCGGAGGGCGAGUCUACACUCGUCCCUUCAGUGCCGAGCUGCGCGUGAAGGUGGAGGCUGGUGCGGCGUGGAUCCAUGGCACGGAGGGGAACCCCGUCGCUGAGUUGGCUCGGGAGUUCGGCGUCGAGCUCAAGGAGAUCAGCGCGCGCAACCCGUGGCUGCAUCCGAGUUCCUGUCCGGGGUUUGAGAUCUACGACGGCAGUCGGAGACUGAGUGAAGAGGAAGUCGGCGAGACGUGGCAGUGGCAGGAGCUGCUGCUGAGGAAGCUGCAGAAGCUGGCACUGUCAGGCGAAGCGGAAGGCAAAGCGUUGGAUGUGACGGUGAAGCAGCUGAUAGAUGAGGACGCGGAGCUACGGGAGAUCAUUACGUCCAGUGCCAAUGCCUGGGAGAGGUUGAAUCUGUGUCUGCAUCUUGUUGAGACUUGGAUGGGCAGUACGAGUGAGGAGAUGCAGGUCGACGCAUUCGGGGAGAUCGACCUCAUGGGGGAUGACCCUGGUCCCCACUGCAUCGUUCCUGACGGAAUGCACAGCCUCAUCAAGCACUUGUCAGCUCCAGUGAAAAGUGUUAUUCGCACUGGUGCAUGCGUCGCCUCUAUCAACUACGAAGGCUCGGAAGGUGUGGUUAUUGAGUGUACUUAUGGGAGAAAAUUGACGUCCUAUCAUGUGGUGGUGACGUGCUCUUUGGGGUUGCUCAAGUCCGGAAAGCUACACUUCCACCCUGAGCUGCCGCAUGCGAAGGCUGACGCCAUUUCUAGGUCGCAAAUGGGUCAGUGUAUGAAAAUUAUGGUGCAGUUUCCCGAGGCUUUUUGGCCCAAGAACGCCUCCUUCAUCACGCAGACCAAGAACACGUCUGGAUCGAGCAAGACGGAGACGCGGCGCAUUUAUUUCCCUGUGAUUUUCAGCUAUUACGCGGCUAAAGGAGUGCCUAUUCUCGAGGGAGAUCUCAUUGGAGACACUGCUCAACAAGUCUCAGCUGAGCUUUCCGAUGAUGAAAUCGCACACGCGUUGUUCUUGCAGUUGCAGGAAACGUUCGGGGCUGGGAUUCCAGCACCAGUGGGCCACUUUAUCACGAGGUAA